AUGUCCAGCACCAAAUUGGAGGAUUCCCUCCCUCGUCGCAACUGGUCAUCCGCUCCGGAGCUGAAUGAAACUCAAGAGCCGUUUUUAAACCCUACGGACUAUGACGACGAGGAAUUCCUGCGGUACCUGUGGAGGGAAUACCUACACCCUAAAGAAUAUGAGUGGGUCCUGAUAGCAGGGUACAUCAUCGUAUUCGUUGUGGCUCUCAUCGGGAACGUCCUGGUCUGCGUGGCGGUGUGGAAGAACCACCACAUGAGGACAGUCACCAACUAUUUCAUAGUCAACCUGUCCCUGGCGGACGUGCUUGUGACCAUCACCUGCCUUCCAGCCACCCUUGUAGUAGACAUCACUGAGACCUGGUUUUUUGGGCAAUCCCUCUGUAAGGUCAUUCCUUACUUACAGACUGUGUCCGUGUCUGUGUCUGUUCUUACAUUGAGUUGCAUUGCCUUGGACCGAUGGUAUGCAAUUUGUCACCCUUUGAUGUUCAAGAGCACAGCCAAACGGGCCCGGAACAGUAUCAUCAUCAUCUGGAUUGUCUCCUGCAUCAUAAUGAUUCCUCAAGCCAUUGUCAUGGAGUGCAGCAGCAUGCUCCCUGGCUUAGCCAAUAAAACCACCCUCUUUACAGUAUGUGAUGAGCACUGGGGCGGUGACAUUUACCCAAAGAUGUACCACAUCUGCUUCUUUCUGGUGACGUACAUGGCACCUCUGUGUCUUAUGGUAUUGGCUUAUCUACAAAUAUUUCGUAAACUCUGGUGCCGACAGAUCCCAGGAACUUCUUCUGUGGUUCAGAGAAAAUGGAAGCAGCAGCAACCGGUUUCUCAACCCCGAGGGUCCGGACAGCAGAGCAAGGCCCGGAUUAGCGCUGUGGCUGCUGAGAUAAAGCAGAUCCGAGCACGGAGGAAAACAGCCCGGAUGCUCAUGGUCGUUCUUCUGGUCUUUGCAAUUUGCUAUCUCCCAAUCAGCAUUCUCAAUGUGCUAAAGAGAGUGUUUGGGAUGUUCACACACACCGAAGACAGAGAGACUGUCUAUGCUUGGUUCACGUUUUCCCACUGGCUUGUGUAUGCUAACAGUGCUGCUAACCCAAUCAUUUACAACUUUCUCAGUGGAAAAUUUCGAGAGGAAUUUAAAGCUGCCUUUUCUUGUUGUCUUGGGGUUCAUCAUCGCCAAGGAGAUCGGCUCUCAAGGGGACGCACAAGCACAGAAAGCAGGAAGUCCCUGACCACGCAGAUCAGCAACUUUGAUAACGUAUCAAAACUCUCAGAGCACGUGGUGCUUACCAGCAUAAGCACACUCCCAGCAGCCAACGGGGCAGGACCGCUUCAAAACUGGUAUCUACAGCAGGGAGUACCAUCUUCACUACUGUCGGCCUGGCUGGAGGUCUGAGAGAAGAGGCUGAAUGUCCAUGUGGAGUCUCACCCACGUCAUCUCAAAGAGAUAAUGGUUUACAAAAACAGUUGCCACUGUGUUCUUAGUGUGAUGUUAAAGAAGAUGGAUUUUAAGGCACUUGUGCGCUUUAUAAGGGACCUGGAUGACUGGAGAUUUUAUUAAAAGUUCUCAGUUGCCGAUUUUAUUUACUAAAGUUUCUGUUUUAUGGAAGCAGCUCAUUUUCAGGAUAACUAUUGCCUGGAAGAAAACUGUUGAAUAAAACUGAUACAUAAAUGAAACUCUGGGAAUGGAAUCAUGAAGUAUGUACAUAUUUCUCAACAUUAGGGCCCAUGAAUCCUGAGUGAUUUGAAUUAAUACGGUGACCUUUGUAGGACAAAUGGUUAAAAAAAAAAAGUAGGCCCCAAAACAUAGCAGUGUUAUUGGGGUGCUUAACUACUUACCUCAUUGUGUGCUACUGGCACAGAUGAGGGACUUUAUAGGAACAGUUUAUUUUGGAGCUCAGUUAUGCUGAACAUUGGACAUUUAUCUGCCUUUAUUUCUAUUGUAUUUCAAACCUUCAAUGUGAGAUGUUAAUGUCAUUAAUUUUGUCACUAAUACGGAUGGUGUAAUAAUUUUAUCAAAUAUCUUUGAGAAUAAUGAUUUAUGAAUUUUUAUUAUAUCAUAAAACCUUGAUAUUUUGAGUUUAUUCAUUUGGGGCUAAAUAUCAUCCCAAGUUUGUG